AAAACAACCCUGCUUUGCUUCGCCAAUAGGAAGUAACUACGGUAGAGCUUGGUGUUCAAAAUACUGUCAACGGAUCAACAACAAAAACAAGCAGAGCGAUUUGCUGAACCUUGUCAUUGGUAAGCGUAUCAAACUACUCAAGUAAAACGCCACACGUAUAUUUCGCCUUUUAUUUAUUGAGUCUGUAGAUGAAGAGACGGCCGAUGCGCUACAAAUGAAGGCAUUCGACUACAUUGUAUACUUUUAUUUUUUCCAAACAUCCAGCAUCUUAAAUAUUCUCUCCUUUUGUCAUCGUGUGAUAUUUGCAUUUUUGUCUGCAGGUCGCAUUUAUAAACAUGUUUUAUUUUAUUUAAAACCCUUGAACUACGUUUCGGUACAGCCUAAUGUUGUUUUGGUGAUAGAUAAAUAAAUAAAUAAAAUCCACGCGCUUAUUGGCUGCCGUCGUCACUCGUCACCUUUGUGUAUGCCUACUUUAGAGUACAUUGCGCCUGUUUGACUCUAUAUUUAGCUGAUCGUGAAGUCACACAGCGAGUUUAAACGGACAUGUACUGUAUUAUCCGUUAUUGUUUAAAAACACUAAAACUCGUUAAAGUAUAAAACAAUAGCGUUGAGCGUGUAAUUACUGGAAAAGUUGAGCUGCAGUAUCUAGUCGAACCAGCGCUAAUCCCAAACAAACGCGUUGUCAUGGCAGCCGUGCAUUUGAAAUUCAACAACUUGUCAAGGUGCAGUGCGCAGCUGUUGAGUGCAUUAAAUGAACGGCUGACUCCUGAGUCCUGACCCGAGGCUUAUUUUAGGACAAGUCGAGUCACGUUAACUAACUGCUUUCGUGGCAGGACAGCAAAUCGACAAUUUUAUCUUGAAACAUUUUUAUAUGAAACAUAUGUUGUUUUGAGAGAUGUAAUAAUCGGUUUCGUUAGGGUUUUUUCUGUCGGUCUGAUUGGUACUUCAAUAUUAGGUCUAACGAUGAUGGAAAAGUAAUUUAUUUUCUUAUUUUAAAUACAAAAUUUGCCUUAUUUGCUAGUAUUCAUUAUAGUCUUGUAGUGAACAAUUAAUCUUAAUCAAGUUUAAUUGUAAACUAUCAAGUUAGUCCACAGUGAAAAAUAGAAAAAUCUUUAGUCAAAAAAAAAAAAAACCUAUGUCUAUAUAUAACUCUAUUAUAUUUCUAUUUUCUGGUCAAAACCGAGAAAUUUGUUUAAGGUAUUCAAGGGGGUGUGUUGAAAUCAAGCUCCACUGUCUAUUUUUAGAACAAGCGGUUUGUAAUAUACUGUUUUACUUGGAAACAAUGUAACAGUGGUGAAGUAAAGUAUGUCGCAAUUUCAGGUUUACACGGACUUUAAUGCAACAAAUAUUCAUUCUCAAAUGAGAAACAGUUGUAGUCCUGCCUUACAGUUAAAAGAGCCAACCCUCCUUUCAUUUUUCAGAGCCCAACACCUAUUUGUUUGUCAGAAUUUAUUUGAUUCCUUUUUAAAAUGUUUUUGAAACAUAAUUUUGACAGUUGCGAAGAAACCUUUCACAGCAAUUAGCAAACAAUAACGAUCCAAUCAAUUCCUGAAAGACAAAAUCAAGUUCAAGGACCUACAUUUUUUCUUAUUCGAGAAGCGGUUUCAGUCAGAUAUUCAUCACAAUAGAAAAGUAAAGCCAUUGCAAUUUCCAUUUCAUGCCGACAUUAAAUUUUUUGUGGAUUUUAGCAGGUGUCCAACUUUUUUGUAACGUUCCAACUACAUUAGCUACCAUGAACUAACAAUGAAAAAUACUUCUAAACCAUUUAUUAAUCUUAUUUAUGUCAAUUGUUUAACAUUUACUUAUACAUUAUUCAAAUCAAAAGUUGUGUCUGGUAAUAUUAAUAAAUGGACCUAAUAUUAAUCAACGUUAUUAAUGUUAUUUAAUGCAUUUUGUUUAAUAUCUAAUGGGACCUUAUCAUAAAGAACUGUUAAAAAAUUACAAAUUGGUUCUCUAUAUCACUCAUAUAUUAGUUACAUAAACAAAAAUGUUUGGCCUCUAAUAGGAAUGCAGUCCCAUUCACCCAUGGGUGUUUGUUUUCUCUCUCUCUCUCUCUCUCUCUCUCUCUCCCUCUGAUAAGAAAAAAAAACUUUGUCUGGUCUGGACAGACAAGGUUUUGGAGCAAGAUGAAUCUUGCUUUGAAGUGUAGUUUGUGAGAUGUACUUUGAGUGGACUUCAUAGAAGAUUGUGACAGGUAUCUGUCUGUACUGGAUUAGAUUUAGAUCACUCUUCUGCUCAUGGAAAGAAACCCACAGACAGAAUAAAUCAGCAGGCCAAUCUUUUAGCAAUAAAGAUCUCUUUACACUUACAGAUUCAUCUGUCUAGAAGAGGCUCAUACCACAUGUGUAAAACAGCAGCAUAUGGGAGUCGGACAAAGCGUCAUUGGAUCCAAUUUCAAGGACAGACCUUUCCAUACCAGUGCUAGUGUUACCUAAUUUGUCUAGGCAUCAUAAAGGGAUAGAAGAAUGAUUGUUCUGUGACCACAAGCUUACCAUUUGACACAUGUGCAUCAUCUCAUUUGUCCAUUUCUGUCUAUUCUUCCACGCUUGCUAUUUUUGAGUCAGGGGCUGUGGGACACCCCCGGCCCUGACCCACGAAGCCGCAGGUUAAGAGAUCCGUUCCUGGAUGCUGUUUGGCAGGAGGCCCACCAUCAAUGUGCUCCUAUUUGACCUCCAGAUCAAAACUGAAGGUGUGAGAGUGGGAGGAGAAGUGAGAUGGAGUCAGAGGAGACAGAAGGACGCACUUUAGUGCAGGUGAUCAGUGAGAAGUACAGCCCGGAAAACUUCCCAUACUGCCGUGGGCCAGGAGUUGGAGUGGUGAUCCGGUCGAGUCCCCAGGGUUCACCUGUCAAAGAUCGUCUGAAUCUGCCCAGCAUUCUGGUUCUGGAUGGUUGUGGAAUCACGGAGGCCGGAGAUGAGGAGGAGGUGGCUACUUUCUGUGCUCACGUGGUUGAGCUAGACCUCUCUCACAACCAGUUAAAAGACUGGGGAGAGAUAAGUAAGAUCCUGUGCAACAUCCCUAACCUAGACUUUCUCAAUCUGAGUAUGAAUCCACUGAGAGGGUCGAGUCUAGAACCUGGAUCUGCUGAAGCGUUCUCAGGCCUCCGCCGCCUCGUGCUCAAUAACACACAUGUCACCUGGGACAUGGUGCAUGCACUUACACGAGAGAUCCCAGAGCUGGAGGAAUUGUUUUUGUGUCUGAACGAGUAUGAGAGGGUGAGCGUGUCAUCAACGCUGUGCCCGUCCCUGAGCCUGCUGCAUAUCACAGAUAACCACCUGCAGGAUUGGGCGGAGGUGCGCAAGCUGGGCCUCAUGUAUCCAGGCCUGGUGUCUCUUAUCCUGGCAAACAACUCCCUCUCGUCUAUCCACGAGCCUGAGGACUUCCUACAGAGACUCUUUCCCAACCUGCGCAGCAUCAACCUACACAACUCAGGUUUAAGUCGCUGGGAGGACAUUGAGAAAUUGAAUUUCUUCCCAAAGCUUCAAGAAGUCAGACUGAUGGGUAUUCCUUUACUGCAGCCCUACACUGAUCAGGAGAGACGUUGUCUUAUGGUAGCACAGUUGCCUCACGUGACUGUAUUGAACGGCAGUGUUGUCACUGAUGGAGAAAGAGAGGAUGCAGAACGCUUUUUCAUCCGUUACCACCUGGACUGCCCUGAGGAUGAGCUACCCCAAAGGUACCACACUUUGGUAGCACGCUAUGGCCGCCUAGCCCCACUUGCAGAGGUGGAUUUGCGCCCUCUCUGCCAUGUCCAGGUAGAGGUGCGUUUUGGGGACCAGACAGAGCCCCUAGAGCUCAGAUUGGAUCAGACAGUGGCAGACCUAAAGAAGCAGUUGCGGGCCGUGGUCCAGCUACCUCCAAACAAGAUACGUGUGUACUAUAUCGACCGGCAGCUUGGCUAUGCACUAGAGCCUCAGGAGAUGAAAUAUGGAGCACGAGCACUUCAUUCCUACAGUAUAAGAGAUGGAGAUGAAAUCUUGGUGGUGCCCAAGACACAGUGACACUUUACUGAAAAGAGAGCAACAACUGAGCACUGUUUGGAAAAAAUGACUGGUUUCCAGAGUUAUUAGAAUACCAUCUUCCAGUUAAGGCAAUGUGAAUUUUGUGAACAGAGCACAAUUGAGAAUGCCUUAUGUUUAGGACAAAGAAAAACUGUCUGGUUUUCCAGCAUCUUCAAUCUUAUUUAAAAAUGGUCCCUAAAAAGAGACAUUGGAUCAGGAUUAAAAAGACCUUUUUAACUUCCACUACUCUACGGAUAUAUGUAUACAAAACAAAAAAAAUGUGUGGACUUUUCUUGUUUUGUGUGUGUGAGACUGCUUCUCAGGAAUUACCCACAACCACAUACAUGCCUCUACUGCUCUAAAGAGUAUUUUACCAUUUAGUAAAGGUGCAGUAUGGAAUAUUUGGCCCUCUAGUAGCUGAGGUGUAAAACUGCAAGUUACUCGCGGAGGAACAUUAUUUUGGUAAUUAUGUGAGUUAAGCUUCAGCUCAGCUCUUCAGCAUGGAUAAAUAUAAUGGUUUGAGGCAUAUCACCGUGUGCAAUCAUUUUAUAAGAGCAAAUGUCAUUAUCAAUAUCAAAACUUGCCCCCUCCUAAAAGAAAGAAGGAAUCUAAAAAGACAGAUAUCCAUGUCUUUUCAAUGUCUUUUGAGCAGGCAACUGUCUUCCCUUGUUGUGGAAGAUGAUUCCUUAUAUGGUUUAAUUUUUGAAUGAUUCAUUGUAUUUAUUAUGUUGCUCGCUAGUUUUGGCCGGACGUCAUGUAGCCAUGCAAAGACAAAUUAUGUGAAAGUGACAUUUCCUGUAAAAUCGUAACGUUCAUAAAUCAUUAUUUUCAAUUUACCAUUGUGAAUCAGAGUAACAUCUUCUGACAUCUUGGCUAGGAUUAAAAGAUAUCAAAAUGACUGAAUACUAGGUAAAAAUAUGCUUAGAGUGCUUGAAUGCUUAGAGAAGGAGAGACAGGCGCCUUAGGUCUUUUGGCUGCCUGUGCCCUUAACACAGCGUUAAGGCCGUGAGAUGGUCUGGCGGGGGGUGGGGGCAUAUAGAAAGUGAAGCCUAUACUCCAGCUGUAACACCAGCCACUUCUUUUCUGCUUGAAUUACAACAGAGUCGCCUACAACCCUGAAGCCCUCUAAAGUUUACACACUUUACAUUCACAAACACAGCUCCCCCUAUUAUGACCUCAGACCGACUGCAAUCCCCUAGUCACCUCUCUCACUGGUGGAAAGAGUCUUUGAAUUAUGUAGGUGCCAUACUCUCACUGAUGUUUAAGACAGAUCAUGUGCUGUUGGAUUAUAAAUCUGCAUUUGAUUAUUAUCAUGCCUAUGUUACAGAGCAGGAAAACCCAAGGGGACCAAUAACGAAAAUUUCAUUUAAUUUUUCAAUUUCAAAAGUUCAUUUAAUUUUUAUUGAGUAGAUAUGCUUUUUGGGGGGAAAAAAUGGAAAUGUGGAACACUGAUAUAUUUUGAAUAUGAAUUUUGGGUCCCACUUUGUAUUAGGUGGCCUUAACUACUAUGUACUUACAUUUAAAUUAAUCAUUUGGUACAAUGCACUUAUUGUGUACAUACAUGUUUUUACAUUGUACUUAUAUUUUUAAAUAUACCUAUAUGUAAUUACAUCUGUAAUUAAUUUCUGUAAUUACAUUUAUAAUUACACUGUUGACACAUCCCUUAAACCUUAAACCUACCCAUACCACCAAACCUGUCCCUAACCUUACCCGUAUCCCACCUCAAUAGCAGCAAAAGUGUUUUACAAUACAGUGUGAACACAAUAAGUAUAUUGUACUUAUUAUUUGAUGUAAGUACAUAGUAGUUAAGGCCACCUAAUAUAAAGUGUGACUGAAUUUUGACUUUGACUUUUAUUUUGAUUUUUUUCUUUUAAAUCUAGACAUAUUACAGGUUUAAAGGAAGUUGAAGAUAUUUUUGUUGUCAUUUGUUAAGCAUGAAACGUUAAGGGAAGCCAUACACAAAUAAUCUCAUUUUGUCUAUUUUAUAGCUUGCAAAAGUACCUGUUCCCUUCCCAAAGAGAACAGUUUGUUGAACUUAUACCAUGCCCUUUUUCAAUAUAAAACUAAAAGGGAAAUAUAAAUGUGUUGCACAGAUACAUACUAAUUUUAACAUUCAGUCUUUGUGGACUUAUUUUUUUAACCACAGUCAGCACAUACCAGUCUAUACGUUUAAUGAAUUGGAUUACCAGGGCUUGUCCUAUUCAUUCCCAUACCAUUUCCCUGCAGAAUGGCUCAAAUGUUGGAGUGACUGAUAUAGUAUAGACUCCCUCUCUAGUUACCAAGCUGUCCCUAUGCAACACUAUCCCGGAAGGUGUUAACAGGGAGCUCAGAAUCCAUUAGGGGUUCAGAUUAGCUAAAGAGGUUAUAUAUAUUAGUGCUAUUGAUGGGGAGAAGAGUCUGCAAGGAUAUUGUUGUCAGAUAUUUAGACAGCUUUGUUUCAGUGUAACCGCAUAUGUCACACUGAUGAUCUGUUAUUGUCUUAUCACAGAGAAGUCCAGCUUCUGUUUGCACUCUAAUCUGACUCUGUUAUGCUUAAAAGUUACAUCGCUGUUUCAGUUGUGUCCUGUUACUGGAAAUUGAGCUUGAGUGUCAUAUUUUUGUCCAAAUCCUAUGAUUACACCAUAUUGUUGCCACAUUUAUUUACUCACUCCCUGUGUAAUUUUACUCUUCACUGAUAAUCGCAAAACCCCAUAAUGCCCCAUUUGGAUAAUAAUCCUGCACUAUGCCAAUGUCUCACUAGAACUGCAUGUUUGCUUUUAUUCUCAUCUACAAACUGUAGUGUGUUCGCUUCCAGCAUCCCCUUUAUCCCAUCUUUCAGCAGUGCCUGUGUCUCUACAAGUUUCUCAUUGCUCAUAUUUUGUUCUUAUUGUGUUCUGGUUGUGGUGAUGACACUUGAUCCUCUCUGUUCUACUCCCAAAGGACAUCUGGCCUCUAAUGCCAAAAUGUUGUUAACAGAGCAGGUGCUGACAUCUUUACUUAUUGCUGGGUCUGUAUAAUGGUGUUUUUCAGAGUGUAAAGAUGGCUAUUGGCUCGUGCCAUGGAUACUAAUUCAGUGUUAAUGAUUAUAUGAACACUGACAUGGAAUAUCGUUGUAAAAGUGUGUGAUAUGUGUUACGAGUAAUGGUAUUUACCAUUAUGUGAAAUUCUGUUGAAUGCCAUACUGAAAAAUGUUACAAAUAAAUAGCAGCCAAGGCUUUGCAUGAAA